AACUGCAGAAGAAUCAACGAUACUAAUUAUUCGCAGUAUCAGUCGGUGAACCAUACGCAAAGUACCACCUUCCUCGACCUCGAUCCUGAGAAUCGCAAUAAUUGCUUUGGAAACAGCAAGAUGAAUUCACGGACGAGCGAAACCACGAAGAAUGUAGCGGUGAAGGAGGAACCAGCGGACAGGGGAUAUGGGGAGCCGAUAUCCGUGACGAAUAUCCCCACAUCGACGGCCCAGGACACUCGAAACGGUAACAGCAUGGUUUAUCAGCCGCAACAGCAAUACGGGAACGCCAGAGGUUCGCCAUCGCCCAGUCGACCAGCAAGCACUUCGUCCGCCGCUUCCCAAUGGCAAUCGGCGGUUCCGGCUUCGGGUGAAGCUUUCUUCCCGCGACAAGAGAAUUGGAGCUCGGACGUAUACGGCAAGAGAAGCGUGACUCCCACGUGGACCGAGCUAGGAGUUCAGUUGGACAGUAGGAAUCCGUCGUGGGAGAGACAGAGUAACUGUUACCAGAAGAAAGGCUCUCCUACCUCGUGGAACGCGGAUUACGCCGGCAAGAGACCAUCCUCGACGACAGGAGUGUCACCUUGGAGCGAGAUGUCGGUUGGAUAUCAGCAACAACGUCGAGGUUCUCUGCAGUUGUGGCAAUUUUUGGUCACCUUGCUGGACGAUCCAGCGAACGCGCCUUGCAUCGCGUGGACCGGUCGUGGGAUGGAGUUCAAGCUCAUCGAACCGGAAGAGGUGGCUCGUAGAUGGGGUGUUCAAAAGAAUCGACCGGCGAUGAAUUAUGACAAAUUGAGCAGGUCGUUGAGGUAUUACUACGAGAAAGGGAUAAUGCAGAAGGUAGCGGGAGAAAGAUACGUGUACAAAUUCGUCUGUGAUCCGGAAGCGCUUUUCAACAUGGCGUACGGAUCUGCGGGAUCGUCCGGGCUUCCCAGUGAAGUACAAAAUGGUGUUCGAAGUCAAUCGAUAUCCGGGAAAAUAUCGUCGUCGAACGAUGUGUCCGAUAUAUCGAAACAUCCUACCGCUGGUUACGGUGAUGCGGUCCUUGCUAUGUACUCGAACACGGCGGCAGUGUACGGGCCAUCGAGUUUGCAUCAUCUGCACCAAUAUCUCGGUGGAAACGAGGGUUUCAAAACACCAUCGAAUAGAUAUCAUUCUCAUUAUUCGCACGAGUACAACAGCACCCAUCAUCAUCCGCCAUCGAGUUACGCAGAGACCUUCCUGAACUACGGUCGUUUGUCGUCCCACGACGCCCCGACCGAAUCGAGGAGCCAAGAACUGGCGAGGAUCCCGUACGCGCAGGAAACAUCAGAAGGUAUCAGCAGAGAACGAGAGACGUCAUCGAUUUUAUACGAUGGUGUGCAGAGAUCGCAAUUACCGGCCGCCUCUACGCUCUCGCAGCCAACCUUGCUAGACGCUACCACCACCAGUUCCAAGAUCGAGCAAACUUCUUACGCCUGCCUCGGUGUGGGUAGCUGCGUCUCAAUGGGGAGAAGCAAAUCAACGGAACCGGAAGAAUCCGUGAUGGGUUUCAAGGAUAAGCAAAAGGCCUUGGACACGCUGAAAGCUCUGGACGGUCGAGAUAUCAGUUAUCAGUACCACGUGAUUGCCAGUUUUGUGAGCCGCGCGAAAAGAACGCUGCAGAUUACAAGGGACGAGGAAAAAUUGGCCAAUAUACGAGAAGCUUUGAAAGUAUUCGAGGAUUGGCUCGCUAACUACAAAGAAAACAAUCGCAGUAAAGAAAACCUCGCUUACUUGCCAAUCGAGACUAUAAAAGGCUUCAAGAGCCUUGCCAAAAAGUACGAUGUUCUGGAGGAAGAAUUCUAUAACGCGUACAAAAAAGAGAAAGGUGACUACAAGGGUCUACGAUCGGUUAAAAUUCCGAGCGGAGAGACCACUUGGGACAUCGAGAGAAAUCGAAAAUUGAAAAAAAUUAUCAAUAAGAUCAAACAAGACCACGUACAAUGGUUCGAAACCGACGUUGGUGAUUUUCGGGGGCUUCCAACUAAAGAACAUGUACAGUGCAUCAUGUUGGGCUACAGUCCAGAACCGAGCAAAUUGAAGAAACUCGUAGCUCAGGUGGAGGAAAAGUUUGGAUCUGAGAACGAAGAUAUGGAGAUCGACGAGGAUGUCAAGAACAAGGCUAAGAAGAGGAAGCACGACAGCUCGUCCAGCGAUGACGACGAGAAUGAAGAACCGGAGAAAAAAUCGAGACGAUCGACCGACGAAGAAAAGACUGAAAAAGAGGAGAGCGGACUCGGUUUUAAAGAUAAAGAGAAGGCUUUGCAGACUAUCAAGUUACUGGAAGGUAGGGAUCUAAAUUAUCAGUACCACGCGAUCUCUGGCCUUGUGAAAAGAGCUGAGCGGGUGAUAUCGUGCACAAAGGACGAGCAAAAACUCAAGAAUAUAAAAGAAGCUAUAGAAGUGUUCGACAAUUGGAUCACGGAUUUCAAAGUAAAUGGCCGAGCAAAGAUGAACUUCGAUUAUUUAUCCAUCGAUUUAGUACGAUCCUACAAGCCAUUGGCGGAUAAGUACAAAAUCGAAGAUAAUGGAUUUCUUAAAGCAUACGAAGAAGUGGAUGGAGAUUAUAAGAAACUGAGAAACGUUCAAGUUCCAGAUUCGAGUAUUACCUGGGAUAUAGAGAGGAAUAAGAAUCUUCAAAAUGUUGUAGAUCGUGUCAAAGAACAAAAGAAAUGGUUCGAGACGGAUGGUGAGCUUGAAGGUUUACCCACCGAAGGACAUAUUCGAUGUAUAAUGUGGGCUUAUAGUCACGAUGCAGGUAAACUGAAAAAACUUUUGCCUACGUUGGCUGAAAAGUUAAAAUCGUAAAUCUUUAUUAUAAAUAUUACAUUAAUAUAAAUAUAUAUAUAUGAAAUUUAUACUAUUUUUAAGUUACCUCAUAUGUACAAAAAAAUUUAGUUGUAUUUUUCUUCAAAAAUAUUGGUAAUAAA